AUGCAGACCGUCUACGAGGGCAUUCUCGACAUGCUGACCUUCUUCCUGGGCCUGCUCCUCCCAGGCGCCUCGCUGGCUGCCGUGGACAGCUUCUACCCGCCCCUCAACCACACCACGUACAUCACCAAUGCCUCGCUGGGCACGUAUGGCGGCGUCUUCAGCGCCCCCUCCGACAAGGCGAGCCAGACAGGCGACAGCGUCUAUAAUUACUGCUCCAUGCCGCAUCCGCAUGUAGAUACUUACGCCCUGCCCCGCUCAGUCGCGAACCACUCUGUCGCUGCCAAGCUCGUGCAUUUGGAGUACGUCCAGCGGCACCAGCGACGGACGCCGUAUAAUAUCCUCCCAGGAGGCGAAAACCAAGAAUACAACUGCGAGGCCAUCAACCCGCACCUCUUCGCCGCCCCUGCACAUGCCACAGGAUCAGGCCCGUCCCCAGUCCAGGUCUACGGCCAGGCCUAUACAGACCCAUCGAACCCAUUUCUAACUAACUACGUCAACGGCUCCUGCCAGUACCCCCAGCUGACAAUCGGCGGGUAUCUGGACGCGUACCAGCACGGGCGCGAUCUGCACGCCCUCUAUAGCACGCAACUAGGUCUGAUCCCGGAGACUCUGGAUGAGGGCGAUAAGCGCGUCUGGUUCAGAUCAACCUCAUCGCCGCUAACGCAGGGCUCGGCGGGUGGUGUGCUUCGUGGUCUUUGGCCGGAGUAUAAGGGCCCGUUACCAUUGCAUCAGCAGGUUGAGGCGGUUGAUACGAUUAACCGCGGUUUUGCGUGUCCGGCGCGAGACACGAUUCUGGAUGCGAUUCAGAGCGGGCCGCAGUGGGAGGAGUAUAUUGCUGUUACGGAUGGGUUGAGGAGGAAUCUUGCGGGAAUGUUUGGGGCGGAAGAGCAGGAGGAGUGGUUGGAGACUUGGGAUCAUUUUGCGGAUAAUUUCCAAGGGAGGUUGUGCAAUGGGUAUGAACUGCCUUGUUCUUUGGAAGAUGAGGGGGAGUGUGUGAGUAGAGUGCAGGCGGAUGAGGUGUUUCGCGCUGGGGAUUGGAUGUAUAACUACUGGUGGCGGAGGAAUCAGAAUGUCACCGAGUAUAUUCGCGUGAUUGAAGGGAUGUUUAUUGCGGAGUUGGUGAGAUCGUUUGAGGCAGUGGGUGCAGGGGAUGAAGUUGUGUAUAGACAUGUCUUUGCGCAUGAUGGCGAUAUUGCGCCGUUGCUGGGGGCGCUGGGGAUUAGGGCGUUGAGAUGGCCGGGAAUGGGCUCGAAUGUUGCAUUUGAGUUUUGGGAAACAUCCGAGUCAGAGAUGUAUGCCAGGGUGCUGUACAGUGGACGAACGCUGGAGACAGUCCACGGACCCCUGGAAUGGAUUCCAGUGUCCAAGCUGGUUGACAUCCUGAAGCCAUUUAUCCCGGAUGAUAUUGUCAAGUUGUGUAGUUAA